AUGAACAGACGCAUUUAUACAGGCAAGAAGCCAUAUCAGUGUGAUAUCUGUGUUAAAUUGUGCUCUAUUAGUAGUCACUUAAUUAAACACAGAUGUACAGACACAGGAAAGAAGCCAUAUCAGUGUGAUAUCUGUGGUAAAAUGUUUCCUAAUACCAAUUACCUGAAAAUGUGCAAACGUAUUCAUACAGGUGAGAGUAAAUCAAUCUCUAGAAAUAGUCACUUGAUGAAACAUAAAAGUACACAUACAGGAGACAAGCCAUAUCACUGUGUUAUCUGUGGUAUAUCAUUUCCUCAAAUGAAUACCUCGACUACACACAAACGGAUACAUGCAGCAGAGAAGCCAUAA